AGCAGUGCUUUCACCUGAGAGAAUUAACUACAGUGCAGCUUCCAAGCAGUACAGUUCAGCAGGAUGAAGUGGAUCGUAGCAGCGAUUGCGGUUUCCCUGGCCGUUGUGGUCAGUGGAGCCUAUACGCCAGAUUAUGAGACUGAUGUGGCUUACGCCGACAAGGAUUUCCUCUUGAAGCAAAAAUUCUUCUUCGAAAUCCUGAGGAAUAUUCAUCUUCCACUGCAGUAUGAGGAAUACAUGCCGUACACGAAAAUGUAUGUCGAUGAUAAGACCAAAUACGUGAAUUUCGACCAAGUUUUCGAGUUCUUCGAAUUCUUCAAACUUGGAUAUUUGGAGAAAGGAGAGAUCUUUACCAUCUACAACAAGUUCUACCUGAAGCAGACUUAUCUUCUGUUCACUUUCCUGUACAACUCAUUGGACUGGGAUACCUACUACAAGAACGUGAUCUGGGCCCGUGAGCAUGUCAACGAAGGAAUGUUCAUCUACGCCGUAACUCUGUCCGUCAUGCACCGAACUGACCUGAAGGGAAUCGUUCUGCCGGCCAUCUAUGAAAUCUAUCCUUACUAUUUCUUCAACACCGAUGUCAUUCGUUCGGCUUCGUUCCGCAAAAUGUAUGAUCCCAAGUUUGGAUUCUACGGCAACGGAAAAUACAACGUAGUGUAUUCCAACUAUACCCUGACCUAUCCAGCUCAAGCUAAAUUGUUCUACGAUAAUCAAUACGACUACAUGAGCUACUACUAUGAGGAUAUCGGUCUUAACUCUUACUACUACUACUUCAUGAUGGAUUAUCCAUUCUUCCUGGGUGGUGACAUGUUUGGACUGUUCAAGGAUCGUCGCGGUGAGCUGUACUUCUAUUUCCACCAGCAAUUGUUGGCCCGUUACAAUCUGGAACGAUUCUCUUAUCAUAUGAAGCCAAUUAUGGGUCUUAACUGGCAGUUCCCACUCAAGAUGGGAUACUUCUCGCUCCUCAGCUACUGGAACGGAGUUCCAUUCAAGAGCCGUGAUUACAACUAUGUGAUUGGUGACUACGAUUACUAUAAGCUUGACUGGAUCAAGGACUGGGAAAUGAGAAUUCGUAAGAUCAUUGACGAAGGUUACUUCUUCUUGGAUGAUGGAACCAAGAUUGAUCUGCGCAAAUGGGAAAACAUCGACUACCUUGGAAACAUUAUCAUCGGAAAUGCUGAUUCAAUGAAGUACGGAUAUUUCGGUUUCCUGGAGACAUUCACCCGAAUGCUGUUGUCUGGUAAUGAUUUCGUUACCAUGAAGACCUGGCCAUCAGUUUUGAUGAACUUCGAGACUACUCUGCGUGACCCAAUGUUCUACAGCAUGUGGGAACGAUUCAUGGACUUCUACUAUCUGUUCAAGAGCUACCUGCCAUACUACACCUUCGAUGAGCUGAACUUCAAGGGUGUUGUCAUUAAGAACGUAGUUGUUGACAAGCUGAUGACCUAUUUCGACUUCUUCGAUGCCGAUAUCUCAAAUGUUGUUCCGAUGAUGGAUGUUAAGAAAUAUUUCGAUUUCACCGUUUUCGGCCGCACCAAGCGUCUGAACCACAAGCCUUUCACCUACACCUUGGAUGUUAUGUCCGAGUACACUGGAAAGGGUGUGAUCCGCGCGUUCAUUGGACCAAAGUUCGACCGCUUCAUGGAUCUUGACUACUACAAGAAAUAUUUCGUUGAAGUUGACCAGUACUUCGUUGAUUUGGUGGUUGGCAAGAAUACCUUCGUGCGCAACUCUCGCGACUUCUUCUGGAGUGUGAAGGAUCGCACAACUUACACGGAACUGUACAAGAAGAUCAUGACCUCGUUCAACGGCCAGGAUAAGUUCGUUCUUGAUAUGUCGGAAGCUCACUGCGGAUUCCCAGAUCGUCUAGUGUUGCCUAAGGGUUGGUACAGCGGAAUGCCUUAUCAAUUCUACUUCAUCAUUACACCAUUCACGAACAAGAGCGUUGGCGAUUCAUUCUUUGAUAAGAAAAUGUCUUGCGGAAUAGGAACGGGUAUGCGCUAUCUGGAUACUCUUCCAAUGGGCUUCCCCUUCGACCGUGAGAUUAACUUCACCUACUGGUACACCAAGAACAUGUUCUUCAAGGACGUCGUUAUCUACCACAUGGAUGACAUGAAAAUGAACCAAAGCUUUUAGAAGUGAUACGUGGCACGUAACAAUGUGGAAAAUGAUUGUGUAAAUAAAUAGCAAUUUUCAAAUGGAGCAAUGACUUCUGAAGAAA